AUGGCAUCCAUUUUGAUCGCAUUCGUGAUCGCAGCUCUAGCCGUCAAGAAAGGAGGAGCAUCACCCACAACAGUCAACCACCGGUCAUGCGUCCAGAUCGAGGUCCCAGUUAGCGUUGAAACCACGGCAAUCAAGUGGCUGCAGCCGAGGGUCGACAGCAAUAUUGAUGCUGUGGACUGGGUCAGGUACCAAACGACCAGGGCGUCCCCCAACAAUACCGAGAGCAUGAUGGGGCGGAUACCUGUUAAGGAGACCUUCAAUAUCAAUGGCCAGCUCUGUGUCCCUCCCAAGGGCGCCGCCAGGUCUGAAACCCUUCAGAUCGCUACUCAUGGCGGCGGGUUUGACAAGAGAUACUGGGACGCCGAGAUCAAGCCAGAAGAAUACUCUUACGUCGAGGCCGCACUAUCCGAGGGCUACUCCAUCUUCACCUAUGACCGUCUGGGAACAGGCAAGUCCGACAAGCCCGACGGAUACGACAUCGUCCAACUCAACGUCCAAGUCGAGAUCCUCCGACAACUGACCCAGCUCGCCCGCUCGGGCAAGCUUGUCAGCACAUCCAAGAAACUCAGCAACUGCACUACCAAUACCCGCCUCACCAAGUACAAGCCAUCCAAGGUCGUCCACGUCGGCCACUCCCUCGGCUCGCUCGUCUCCGUAGGCCUAAUCACCAACUAUCCGACCGAGAGCGACGGCCUGAUCGCCACGGGGUUCCUGAUCACCAACGUCCCGCUGUCCGGCCUCAACGUCGCGACGUGGGGCUUCGAGCUCGCGCGCGAGAACGACCCGGCCCUCUUCCGGGACCGGGGCUCGGGCUACCUCGUGUCGGCGACCAAGUCUGACGUGCAGCUCAACUUCUUGCGCAAGGGCUCGUUCGAGCUCGCGAUGCUGGACUACGCCUGGCAGAUCCGGCAGACUGUUACCGUGAGCGAGUUUCAGUCGCUCACGACGGGGUUUGGGGAGAAGGGGGCCGAGUUCAGGGCGCCGCUGCAGAUGGUGGUGGGGGAGAAUGACUAUGGUGUUUGUGGCGGUGACUGUGUCGGGGCGUAUGAUCUUGAUGUCAUUAAGCAGGUUUAUCCGGGGGCGACGGAUCUGGAUGUGCAUGUCCAGCCGGGGACCGGUCAUGGCUUGACGCUUUCGAUUAAUGCUACGGCUGGGUACAAGGCGUCGUUUGACUUUUUGCAUAGGUCGGGGUUGUAAUUAAGGGCAGUAGAGAAAGGCCGGAAGGUGGGAGAUGGACGAAGACGGGAAGGAUAGAAUUAGACCAUGA